AUGGCACUUAGUGUUCUGAGUAGGAAGGAGAAAGAAAGAGUAAUCCGAAGACUGUUGAUACAGGCUCCGCCAGGGGAAUUUGUAAAUGCCUUUGAUGAUCUCUGUCUGCUCAUCCGAGAUGAAAAACUGAUGCACCAUCAAGGUGAGUGUGCAGGACACCAGCAUUGCCAAAAAUACUCCGUCCCGCUCAGCAUUGAUGGGAACGCAGUACUCCUGUCCCACCACAACGUCAUCGGGGACUACCGAUUUUUUGACUAUCAAAGCAAACUUUCUUUCAAAUUUGACCUGCUUCAAAAUCAGCUGAAAGACAUCCAAAGUCACGGGAUCAUUCGUAAUGAGACAGAAUACCUGAGAACUGUUGUUUUAUGUGCCUUGAAACUGUACGUGAACGAUCACUAUCCAACAGGAAACUGUAACGUACUGAGGAAAACCAUCAAGAGUAAGGAAUUCUUGAUAGCUUGCAUUGAGGAUCACAACUAUGAAACAGGAGACUGCUGGAAUGGCCUUUGGAAAUCUAAAUGGAUUUUCCAAGUAAAUCCAUUUCUAACCCAAGUAACAGGAAGAAUCUUCGUGCAAGCUCACUACUUCAGGUGUGUCAACCUUCAUGUGGAAAUUUCCAAAGAUCUCAAAGAAAGCUUGGAAGUGGUUAACCAAGCGCAACUGGCUCUAAGUUUCGCAAGGCUUGUGGAAGAACAAGAGAAUAAAUUUCAAGCUGCCGUCUUAGAAGAAUUACAGGAGUUAUCAAAUGAGGCCCUGCGAAGAAUUCUUCGAAGGGAUCUUCCAGUGACCCGCACUCUUAUUGACUGGCAGAGGAUACUCUCUGACCUGAAUCUGGUGAUGUAUCCUAAACUAGGAUAUGUCAUUUAUUCCAGAAGUGUUCUGUGCAACUGGAUAAUAUAA